GAAUCACUGGCUGUAGUCACUCCUGGAAGGGCACGGAGGAGAAGCGCGGUCCGCCUUCGCCCAAGCGUCCAAGGGCGCGACCCGCUUUCUCUUUCCAGCCCAUUUGGCUCGCUUGCGUUAGGCGGGGGCUCGGGGAAAGGGGCCCUGGGCUGGCACAUCCUCGCCUGGCACGCUGCCCUGAAGGAGGAAAGGCAGGGAAUGGACGGAGCUGCAUUGCGGCUGGGAAGAGAGAAACCACUCUGGAAGUCGGAGAAGCUGGAGCGCGUUGGGAGAGCUCUAGGAUCCCGCAGACGAGCGGAGGAAAGAUCAGCUUCAAGCAGUCCAAAGAGAUCUGGUGUAAAUGACUGCUGCUGCCUCCCAGACCAAGAUAACCUGUGCCGUCAGCUGGAGCCCCCUGUGGACAGCUGUCUCUCUCGCUCUCAGCUGAUGGAAACUGCUACUAACCGCUGAAUGGGGGAGAGUGAAGCCACAGUACCAGCAACCACAGCAGCAAAGGCACCGGCUGCAAUAGAAGCAGCAGCGGCAGCAAGAAGCAAGGGAUCUAUUGUUCCCUGGUGUUAAACACCCCCCCCCCCCCCAAUCUUUUCAACUGACAUGCACAAUAGCUGGGAAGCCCUUUCCACUAAGUCCUCCCUGUGAAGAAAUUCUGACGGGGGGAAGAGAAAUUAUUCACACAGGGGUUAGCCAUUGUGCGAAAGAUUUUUUUUUUUUGGACAUUGGAAGCUGGCUUCUGGAAGGCAUGGGGCUGAAAGAGAGGAGCGCAACCUCAUGCGGUGGUCCGGGGGCUUCUGCUCUUUCAAGCAGGUGUAGUGGAGUUCUUGUGCUUCUCUUCUUUGGAAUCUGGGGAGCAAGGACACAAAGUGAAUUUGAAACUUCGUCUGUGUAUUUGUGGAAGACUGGUCCAUGGGGUCGAUGUAUGGGAGAUAAAUGUGGCCCAGGGGGGACCCAAAGUCGAGCCAUCUGGUGUGCCCAUGUGGAAGGAUGGACCACGCUGUUCACAAACUGCAAGCAGGCAGAGAGGCCCGACAACCAGCAGAGUUGCUUCAGCAUAUGUGACUGGCACAAGGAACUGUAUGACUGGCAGUUGGGCAACUGGAAUCAGUGUCAGCCAGUUCUUUUGAGGAGCUUAGAAAAGCCAACGGAAUGCAUCAGAGGAGAAGAAGGAAUACAGAGGAGGGAUGUGACUUGUGUCCAAAAAUCAAAUGGCGUUACAGCUGAUGAUACAAUAUGUGAGUACUUUGAGCCAAAGCCUCAGCUGGAACAAGGAUGCCUAAUUCCUUGCCGUCAGGACUGCACUGUAUCAGAGUUUUCUUCCUGGUCAGAAUGUUCCAAGACCUGCGGCAAAGGACUGGCAUAUCGUUUUCGCCACAUUGUGGCCCCACCGCAAUAUGGGGGCAUGGCCUGUCCUAACCUCACAGAUUUUCGGGUUUGUAGCUCCUCCCCAUGCACUACUGAAGAAAGCCUAUAUAGCCUGAAUGUGGGGCCAUGGAGUACCUGUUUAGUGCCCCACUCACGGCACGUAAGGCAAGCCAGGAAACGUGGGAAAAACAAAGACAAGGACAAGGAGAAGGACAAAGACAAGGAGAAAGAGAAGGAGAAGGUGAAAGAGAAAGCAAUCAGGGAUCCAGAGGCCCGUGAGCUUAUUAAAAAGAAGAGGAAUCGUAACAGACAGAACAGACAGGAGAACAAAUAUUGGGACAUACAAAUUGGAUACCAGACGAGACAGGUGAUGUGCACGCACAGAAAUGGGAAGACUGUUGCCUUGAGUUUUUGUGAACAAGACAAGCUGCCAAUUACCUUCCAGUCUUGUGUGAUGCCUAAGGAAUGCCAGAUCUCAGAAUGGUCUGAGUGGAGCCCGUGUUCCAAAACAUGUUUUGAUAUGACAUCUCCAAAAGGGAAUCGUACAAGAACACGGGCCAUCAAGCAGUUUCCUAUUGGGAGUGAAAGUGACUGUCCAGAACUAGAAGAAAUGGAGCAGUGUGUAUCUCAAGGAGAUGGGGUGGCUCCAUGUAUCACGUAUGGCUGGAGAACUACAGAGUGGACAGAAUGUCGCAUUGACCCUUUACUUAGUCAACAGGAUAAACGACGAGGGAAUCAAACUGCUCUUUGUGGAGGUGGAAUUCAGACCCGGGAGGUAUAUUGUGUGCAAGCUAAUGAAAACCUCCUCUCCUACUUAAAUACUCUCAAAGAAAAGGAAGCAUCCAAACCUGUGGAGUGGAAAUUAUGCACAGGCCCUACUCCUAGUACAACCCAGUUGUGCCAUAUCCCAUGUCCCAUAGAAUGUGAGGUGUCGGCCUGGUCAGCUUGGGGACCAUGCACCUUUGAAAACUGUGAUGACCAACAAGCCAAAAAAGGUUUUAAACUGAGAAAACGCCGCAUCACCAAUGAACCCACAGGAGGCACCGGCAACUGUCCCCAUUUACUUGAAGCAAUUCCAUGUGAAGAACCUUCUUGCUAUGACUGGAGGAUAGUAAAAUUGGAAGAUUGCAUUCCAGACAAUGAAAAGGAGUGUGGGCCUGGGACUCAGAUUCCUCAGGUGGUCUGUAUUAACAGCGAUGGAGAAGAGGUUGAUCGACAGCUGUGCAGAGAUGCUAUCUAUCCAGUCCCCAUUGUUUGUGAAGUUCCGUGCCCAAAGGACUGUGUACUCAGCGCAUGGUCUGGAUGGUCCUCCUGCUCUCACACCUGCUCAGGGAAAACCACAGAAGGGAAACAGAUGCGCGCCCGCUCCAUCUUGGCAUAUCCAGGUGAAGGUGGACUUCAAUGCCCAAACAGCAGUUCACUGCAGGAAACACGCAACUGCAAUGAACAUCCUUGUACAGUAUACUACUGGCAGACAGGAGCUUGGGGCCAGUGUAUAGAAGAUGUCUCUGUAUCAGCGUUCAACUCUUCUGCUGGUUGGAAUGGGGAGUCCACCUGUGCGGUUGGGAUGCAGACAAGGAAAGUCAUCUGUGUCCGAGUCAAUGUGGGACAAGUAGGACCAAAAAAGUGUCCUGAAAGCCUUCGACCUGAGACUGUUAGACCUUGCUUGCUGCCUUGCAGGAAAGAUUGCAUUGUGACACCAUUCAGUGACUGGACACCAUGUCCUUCCUCCUGUCAAGAAGGGAGCACUUCAAUUACAAAACAGUCUAGAAAUAGAGUUAUAUUGCAGUUUCCUGCAAAUAGUGGUCGUGACUGCCCUGAUACUUUGUUUGAAGAAAAGGAUUGUGACCCUCCUCCCGUCUGCUUGUUUUACAGAUGGAAGACACACAAAUGGCGCAGGUGUCAACUUGUACCAUGGUAUGUUCGUCAAGACAGUCCAGGUGCUCAGGAAACAUGUGGUCCUGGUCUUCAAGCAAGAGCUAUUACUUGUCGAAAACAAGAUGGUGGCCCAGCUGAUAUUGGCGAAUGCCUUAAGUAUGCAGGCUCUUUACCACCUUUAACACAGCAAUGUCAAAUCCCUUGCCAGGAUGACUGCCAGUUCACAAACUGGUCAAAGUUCUCUUCUUGCAAUGGGGACUGUGGAGCAGUCAGGACAAGAAAGCGCUUUCUUAUUGGAAAAAGUAAGAAGAGGGAGAAAUGCAAAAAUCCACAGCAAUAUCCACUGAUUGAGACUCAGUUCUGCCCAUGUGACAAGUAUAAUGCUCAACCAGUGGGGAACUGGUCAGACUGCAUUUUACCAGAGGGCAAAGUGGAUGUCCUACUGGGAAUGAAAGUACAAGGAGAUAUCAAAGAGUGCGGGCAAGGCUACCGCUACCAAGCCAUGGCGUGUUAUGAUCAAAACGGCAGACUCGUUGAAACAGCCCGAUGCAACAGUCAUGGAUACAUUGAAGAGGCCUGCAUCAUUCCUUGCCCUUCAGACUGCAAGCUCAGUGAAUGGUCCAAUUGGUCUCGCUGCAGCAAAUCAUGUGGCAGUGGUGUUAAAGUCAGAUCUAAAUGGCUCCGGGAGAAACCCUACAAUGGUGGAAGACCCUGCCCUAAGCUGGAUCAUGUCAAUCAGGUAUAUGAGGUGGUCCCAUGCCACAGUGACUGCAGUCAGUACAUAGGGGUCCCUGAACCCUGGAGUGUGUGCAAAGUGACUAAUGUGGACUCAAAGGAGAAUUGUGGUGAAGGUGUGGAAACCAGAAAAGUGAGAUGUAUGCAAAAUACUAUGGAUGGUCCUUCAGACAUUGUUGAAGACUACCUUUGUGACCAAGAAGAGAUGCCUAUCGGUGCUAGAAAAUGCACAUUGCCUUGUCCAGAGGAUUGUGUCAUGUCAGAAUGGGGCCAGUGGUCUAGGUGCUCAUUGCCAUGUAAUGGAAGCAAUGUGAGGGAACGGCGAGCAGAAGUUAUGAGGCAAGCUCAAGAAGGAAAGGCCUGCCCUCCAGCUGUGGAGACAGAACCCUGUAGCCUGAACAAAAACUGUUACCACUAUGAAUACAAUGUGACAGACUGGAGUACGUGCCAGCUCAGUGAGAAAGCUGUCUGUGGUAAUGGGAUCAAAACAAGAAUGCUUGAUUGUGUUCGCAGCGAUGGCAAGUCAGUUGACCUGAAGUACUGUGAAGAGCUUGGCUUGGAAAAGACAUGGCACAUGAACACAUCCUGCACGGUAGAAUGCCCUGUCAACUGUCAGCUUUCUGACUGGUCUCCAUGGUCGGAGUGCUCUCAGCCUUGUGGCCUUGCUGGAAAGAUGAUACGAACAAGAACUGUUAUCCAGCCCUUCCAAGGUGAUGGGAGACCAUGUCCUUCACAAAUGGAGCAAUUCAAGCCCUGCCCAGUAAAACCUUGCUACCGAUGGCAGUAUAGUCAGUGGGCGGAAUGCAAAGUUGAGGAUGCUCAGUGUGGUGAAGGGACAAGAAGCAGAAAUAUUUCCUGUGUGGUCUAUGAUGGAUCCAGUGAUGACAUUGGCAAAAUAGUGGAUGAAGAAUUUUGUGGGGAAAUAGAACCAGUUGUGAAUGGAAAUAAGAAAAUUGUACUUGAAGAAACCUGCACCCUACCUUGUCCUGGUGACUGUUACUUAAAGGAGUGGUCAGACUGGAGCCUUUGUCAACUGACCUGCGUCAAUGGUGAAGAUCUUGGUUUUGGAGGAACACAGGUUCGAUCACGAGCAGUAAUUAUUCAAGAUCUGGAAAAUCAGCACCUCUGCCCAGAGCAGGUUUUGGAAACAAGACCAUGCAAUGAUGGUCAAUGCUAUGAGUACAAGUGGAUGGCCAGCGCAUGGAAGGGAUCUUCUCGGAUAGUGUGGUGCCAAAGGUCAGAUGGUUUGAACGUUACAGGAGGCUGCUUAGUACUGCACCAACCUGAGAUUGAUAGAUCAUGUAAACCACCCUGCAGUCAACCCCAUUCUUACUGUAGUGAGACUAGGACUUGUGCUUGUGACGAAGGGUACACAGAAGUGAUGUCCUCUAAUGGCACACUUGAGCAAUGCACUCUGAUCCCGGUGGUAGCCAUCCCCACAGUGGAGGACAAAAAGGGGGAUGUAAAAACCAGCCGAGCUGUGAAUCCCACACAGCCAUCCAAUACCCAAUCAGGACGAGGAAGAGCUUGGUUCCUGCAGCCUUUUGGACCAGACGGGAACCUGAAGACCUGGGUUUAUGGUGUAGCUGCUGGUGCAUUUGUUUUGCUCAUCUUUAUUAGUUCUAUGAUCUAUCUAGCUUGCAAAAAGCCAAAGAAGCCUCAAAGAAGACAGAACAACCGUCUGAAACCUUUAACGCUGGCUUACGAUGGAGAUGCAGACAUGUAAAAUAAUGACUUUCCAUUGACUUUAGUCUGUUGAAACUGUAAGAGUUCAAAAAGAGCAUGUACAUGGUGUACAUCACAGAGCAGAACAAAAAAUAAUAAUUUGACAAUAGCCAUGGAUACUCCAAGAGACUUUCUUGGUUCCUAGAUCAUCUCUAUCAGGACAGCAAAUUCUGGUGACAAAUUUCUGUUGUUAAGCACAGCAGCUGGAACUGUUAAAGUGGCCUUUUUGUUUGUUUGUUUAGAAAAGGAUAAACUGUCAAGCCACUUGUAUCUCCAGCCAAUUGUAUAUGACUUAUAUUGACAUCUGGAAGUCUUAAUGCCACAGCUCUAGGCAGCAUUAACCUAAUGUACUCAGUAAGCAUGAAGAGAUCAUACCAAGAUGUCUGUAAUGCUUUAUAGACAACUUAUAUACUCAGAUGCACCAUAUGUAUUAACCUGUCAAAUGACUUACUGGCUAAACAGCAAUCUAGUGCUUAGUAACCUGUUGACUUUAACUGAGACUAAGAACCCACUGAGCAAGUUUGGCAUUUUGGCAAUGGAAGGUGGUUUUUUUCAUUGACUUGCCUUCCACAAGAGUGAAGACUUGCAAAAGACUUAUUACUCAACUGCAGAUACUAAAGCGCCAUACACACACUUAUUAAGAAAGAAAGCAUUUUCAGGUUCACUAUUUUAUAGAAGUUGUCUGGAAAAUUAAUAUCUGUGUGUAAUACGUUUUUACUUUCUCUGACUCUCCAACCGUUGCCUGCAACUUUUUUUCUACACAUAAGGCAAUUUUUUGCACUAUAUUAGUGCAGCAUGAUAUGCACUUAUUAAGUAGUAUUGCCAUAGAAACUGCCUCUUUUCAAUAAGGAUGAUGGUGAAGGUGCUGCAUCUUUUCAGACAGCACCAAAUAGACAAUUUACCAGUAAGUUCUUGAGUCCUCCUGAGAGUAGAGAUCAGUUUCUGGACUGUGACUGGAUCAGACCAGCGAAUACAAGUACUGUUUAUACUAUUUCUUGUAACAGCAACUGUUUUGUAGUUGAAACCAUGGCAGUAAAUGUAAGUGUCUAAUUUUUUGAUUCUGUCCAACUUAUACAGAUAAUAGAUUUUCACGUUGAUUUCUAAUUACUUUGAAGGUUGUUUAUGACUAGAUUUUUAUAUUGCUAACUUUGUAAAAAAAGAAAAGAAAAAGUGUGGUUGCCCUCUAAUCUUGAGGAAGAUAUUUGUCUAAACAAUGUUUCCGCUUAUGUUCGGCAGAAAUGAUGCAAAUUAAUGACUUUUUUUCUCCUGCUAAUGGAAACUGUUUUGUUGCUGAAGACUUAGUAGUGUCUUCUCUUUCCACUUGGGAUAACCUGGUGUAUUCUUGACUUUUGUUUUCUUCAUCCAGACUCAUCACUUAAUACAUCCUAUAUGAAGAUACAAAAAUGGUUCCAGCUUCCUUAAUGUAAGCAGGGGGAUUAUAAUGCACUCUAGAACAGAUUCAUCUAGAAUGGCUACCCUAUUGAUAUCCAGGGAAUGGAAUUGAUAUUUUCAAGAAUUUCUUUCGAUGGGGCAUCACCUCUCCAAUCCAGUUCCAUUCCAUGAGUGCAUACUGAGCUCUGCCUGAUGUGCAACUUUAAAAAAAGUACUCCUUGCAACAUAA